AUGUCUGCAUCAACUAGUCAAAGUGAACAUAUUGUCGAAAUAGAAAAUAAAGAAAAGGAACACGAAAUCAAAAAUUAUGAAUCUGUAAUCGAAGAACAUUGUCCUGAUGGAACUGAAAAAUAUUUUGCAAUUAGUCCGGAAGACGACUUUUUGGUUGAAUUUAAAAUAGUAGAUCUUGAUUCUUGGGAUUCUUCAGAUUCUUCGGAUUCUCCAGAAUUCGAAUUAAAAAUGUAUGAUAUUAUAAAUUUGAAGAAUGAAGAUGGCUUAACAUCAGAGAAAGAUUUGAAACCAGAGAAUGACUCGAAAUCGGAAAAAGAUUUGAAACCAGAGAAUGAACCAAACCUUGGGGAUGAACAGGAAUUAUCGUACAGGAAAUUCUCCAGGAUUCACACCACCAAAUUGCCAUUUACUGAAACGCAGAUCAGUUUGAUAAAGAACGUUCCUAAACCCAUAGUAAGGUGGUCCGUUGCUGUGUCAGACAAAUCAUCUAACUCACCGAAAUUUAGAUUAUUGGCAAUAUCUUGUAUCAGUAUUAAAGACAUGGAAUAUUAUAAAGAACAUUAUAAGAAAAUAGGACCUAAAGAAAUUCAAAAUAUCCAAAAUAAUGGAUUUACCUUCGUUUUCAUUAUUAAUAAUGAUUGUACAAUUAGUAAUCCUGAUGAUAAGGAGUUACUAAUUAAAUGCGGUGGAAUAGUCAAAUUGUUUUAUGAAAAGGAUUAUAUAGCAGAUCAAGAUGCUGAUGGUCACUUUCUUAUUCUCUUGAUACUUUCAGGAAUAUAUAAGUAUCAUGUGAAGAAUAAAUCUACUUAUAACAUACAAAAGUUAAAAUAUCCGAAAAGAAUAUAUAACAGAAUUAUUGCCAAUGUAACUCAUUUUUUUGAUUCUGAGUUUAGUUGUAAGGGCGUAUAUUAUCGUAUAUGCAAAUAUAUUCAUGCAUGCAUGAAUAAGCAUUAUUUUCUGGUCGAUACUUUAAAAGAAGACAUCAAAUAUUUAGAACUUUAUGAUUUAAAGACAAACCAAUUAGUAAAUAUCUUUCAGAGACAAAUUUUAGGUAAUUCGAACAUGUGGGAGUAUCCUAGUUAUUUCGCCAUAUCAAACAAUGGCAAAUUAUUAGCAUAUUUAUCAUUUCCAAUUAGAGGAAUCACAAUAUAUUCGAUCGAAUGUGGUUUAGAAAUAGCAGAACUUGCAAAUAUUUUAGAUACAAGCAUCUUUAAAACUGCAGAUCAUAACGAUUUGAUGUUUCUUUAUUUUUUUCACAAUGACGAGAAGUUACUUAUAUAUUUUUCAGAGUAUGGAUAUUCAUCUUCGUAUGAACCUUUAUCUUCAUCAUCUGUUUGGGCUGUUUGGGAUAUUUUCAGUUCAUUACGGAGUUCUGUUAAAUUAACUCGGCAAAAAUUUAUAUUAAACAUUCCAUCAAUGUUUAGUCGAGUAGAAAAAUCAAAUUCAUGCAUUGUCGUUUAUCAAAAUAAUAACACUCAUGACAAAUUGUUUAUUUAUGAUGAAUUGGUAGUAGAUAAAUAUUUUAAAUUAAGGGAAAGUGAUAAACAAGAUUGGAUUACUCGAGAUUUUGAAGAUCUUAAUGAAAAAUCCGAGUUAGAAUUAGACAAACUUGAUAAACUUUAUGAACCUUGGUUACCUAUAGCAUCUGACGGUAUUAGAUCACCUAAAGAAGAUGAUAUUCAAUAUUCGUUCUAUCUUGAUAAAAAGAAGGAACGACUACUUAUAAUCGGAAACCAUACAGUUCAAGUUUGGUAUAGAGGGACUCUUAAAUUCAUUCAUUCUCCAUCUCCUUUUUUUGAUGUACCCGAUUUCUCUGAUAUAAAUUUUAAUUGGAAUCCCAAAAAAAUUAAAGUAAUAGGCAUCGAGUAUUGUAGCGAAAAAUUCAAAUUUAACAUUCAAAUUGAAGAUAAUGAAGGAAUUAAACAAAUUAAAAUGGAAGAUGAAGAUGAUAUUAUGAAUGUAGCAAUAUAUGCUUGUUAUACACUCGAAUAUUUCUCUGUUUAUAAGAAAAAAUUGCAUCCAACCGAAUGGAGAUUGUUAGAUAUUCGCUUUGACUUAAUGAGCACUCUUAUAAAAGCAGGGGAACGUGAACUUGUAUAUUACAUUUUAUUUUUUGGAGAACCGAUCCAUAUACCACAUUUCCCUUGGUCAGGUGAAAAAAAUAAAAGUACGACGAUUCGUACUGCUCUUUCGGAUAAUACUAUGUUGGCAUGCUUUUUAGAAUAUUAUUCUAAUAAUGCAGUUCAUAAUAUUGGAUGGAUGAAUACAGUUGUAGACAUCAUACCAGAAUUAUUUAAGAGUAAUGAAGGAAAUGAAAUAAAAGAAAAGCAUCAUUCUAAUAAUGCAGUUCGUAAUGUUGAAUUGUUUAAAAUUACAGAAAAUAGCAAAAAUGAAAAAGAAAAUUACAAAUAUUAUGCUCAAAAAUUGUUUUAUAGUCACUGCUUUUGUGACAAGGAAUUUGAUUUAUUAUCUUUUGAAAUUCUUGAAGUUUCUCCAAAGUCCAAUGAUUUAUUGAAAGUUUAUAUACCUAUUACACAAUUUAUUCCACAAAAUUCCGAGUUGGAUUUACAAGAGAUCGAGUAUGAAAAUAAUCAUUUACUUUUAAAUGUUUAUAUUAAAAAAGGAAAGCUUACAAAAUUUCUAGAAAUUUUAUUUUCUCCUAGUCGAUAUUUAUCUCCUGGAGAAGUGGAUCACAGUCCCUUUAUUAAGUUCAUAGAAACAGGUGAACGUGAUAUUUUAUAUGAAAACCCAUCAAUGGGAGCUGUUAUAAAUUGGAUGUGGUAUUCUUCUAAAUUCUAUUGGCCUAAAACCUUAUAUAUUUUUGCCUUAUUUCUUCUUCUGGGCUAUUCAUCUUCUUUAGGAUUAAACCAGGCUAGUGAGGAACUAGAUAAUCCAUUUUCAAAUAUAAUUUAUGCUAUACUUGCAGUAUAUGAUUGGUCUUCAAUUUCAUUUGAUACUUGGAAUUUCUGGCCACUUACAAUAAUUAGUGUAAUUGGUAGUUUUAUCUUUGUAAUUAUAUUACAAAAUGUAAUAAUUUCAUUCAUGAGUGAAGCCUUUUCUAAUGCAGUCGAAGAUAGUAAACGUGGCGUAUAUCGUUAUCAAAUUGACUUGAUUCGUGAUUUUGCCCAUCUUGAAAAAUCGUUAGAAUUUAAUAAUCUAGAUUCCAAGUUUAAGGAUAAAAUAAUAGCAAAGUAUAUCUGUUUUUAUGAUAAUCCGCGUAUUACAAAUUCUUGGAAAGAAACAUCUGAACAAGUUAAAUCAAAACCAUAUCCUAAAAUGCAAACAUUAAGAGCAAAGAUUGCUCAAUUAUAUUUUUUAAGGCAAAAAAAAUGGAAAAAUGUACGUCAUAAAUAUGCAAAAAUCGUACAGUUUUCAUGGAUUCCCUUCAAUGAAUUUAAAAAUCCUACAAAAAUAGCAAAAGGUGGUUUUUCAACAAUUUUCAGUGCAUCUUGGUUUAGAGGAAGAACACAAUUAGAUGUAGCUUUAAAGUUAAUUCACAAUUCCAGCGCUUAUCCUAAAAUGUUUAUCAAUGAGUGGAUUGAUUCAAUAGAGAUUGCAAAACAGUUUUUGGAUGCUGACGAAAUUAUGCAAAAAUAG